AUGUCUGAAAAGAUCUUAAUGGCUGCUCUCAUGGCUGCUCUGGUCUGUCAUCCCAGUUCCUCCAUUAAGUGCUUUAAACCCAAACCCAAACCAUCUUCCUCACAAAGAGAAAAUACAUCAAAAUCCAACAGCAAAAAAGAUGUUUGGACCUGUUCUUCUCUUCCCAUAACCUCUGUCUUUUCUCAUUGUUCCAACAUGAACACAACAUUAACACACCCCAGUCCUGUCCCUUCAACGAACAGCACAGAUUCGUGUCUGGUUUCGAAACUCUGCGAAAAGGACCCGGCUUUUCGAGUUGUCGAAACCAUGUUCAUGUCCGGUUGGGACGGUAAAGCCGGACCCAAAAUCGAGAAAAUAUUGAAGAUCAAUCAUAACGUCGGUGUUCUCAAGAGGUUUGAAGAGUAUAGGGAGAUUGUUAAAUCCAAGUCUGCAAAUAUUUCUCGGAGAUUGGCUGUUGAUGGCAAUGAACUGUUAAGGUUCCAUGGUGCCAUUGUUACUUGUUCCUUAGGUAACAAUGAGUUGUCAAGGAUUUGUAGCAGGGAAACUUGUGGGGUUUGCAGAAUGGUCCAGUUAGUCGGGUCGACGGGUGAGGAAUCGGUGGUGUUAAGCAACAAUAGCCGACGAGCACAUCGGAGAGUUACGAAGGAAUGCGAUGUUAAUAAUAAGAUUGCUCGGAGAGUUACGAAGGAAUACGGUGUUAAUAAUAAGAUUUGUGCUAGGAAAGCUGUUGUUGUUUGCCAAGUAAUUGCCGGAAGGGUCGCUCGGUGUUGCCGACAAGGUCUCGGACUCGUUGAAGGACGAGAAGGCGGGUUCGAUUCGGUGGCAAGUUUGUCUAAAGAUCCAUUGGAAGGCUCCGAAGAACUUAUUACUUUGAAUGCAAGGGCUAUGCUCCCAUGCUUUGUGAUUUUAUAUAAUGUCACACACAAAAAUAUUUUAGGUCGAAAUCUAGCAUGUCUUAAUCUGAGUUUUAAUUCAACUCUUAUCUUUUAA